UUAUCAAGUCGUUGUGGGAGUUAUAACUGUGUUCUGGUGCGGCGUCACACUGGUUUUUGGUGUAGUCCUUACUUGGUGGGCGUAGGAGUAAAGGAUUACAGGUGCUCCUUUACAACAGUGGUCAGGCAGUGUGAGUGUACUAAAAAGACCACAACAUCAGCGAGAGGAACAGUGAGGCAGGUGAAGGAGAGGUCGUGGCAUGGGUGAUCUACUUAGAUAUGACUACUGUCCACUGCGCACCUUCUGGGUAGUUGUUGUGUAGAAAACAACACAAACUAUUUCCGAGAGAUCGAUCAGAACUGGGAGAAGGUUUCUGAGAGAGCCUCUUCAAUUUAGUAUUAACACAGGUGACCUUAGCCAUGAGGACCAAGGCUUGGGGGGCACCUACAGCCACACACAGCAGACAGCAAGUCCCUGCACGAACACUUGGCGUGAUGGCGUCGACAAGAGGACAGUUUCGACCCUUCAGCUACAAAACACAGGCAGUGGCGACCAUCUUCAUUAUUUUCAUCACAGUCUCUUCUUCCGCGGCACAGGAUGACUGUUACUCACACAUCAAUGUCAGUGAAGGACAUGAGUUAGAAGGUAUCUCUCCUAACUUAAUUUUGAGGGUCAAUGUGGAGGAGACAACACCUAAGGACACGCCACUGUAUGCCUUGACGGUGGACGAGGACGUGACUAUGACACUCCCUGUUGAUGAAAAUUUCAUCAAAUAUUUCUCGAUGGACAAAAUAACAGAGAAGUUAAGCAUCGGAGUCAAAACGUCUUUAAUUGGAGUCCCUGAUUAUCCCAUCAAUACGAAAAGCAUAAUUGGUACGGUGACAUUUGGUGAUUUCUCCGGCGGUAUAAAAGACUGUACGGUGCAGAUGAGUCACAGCAUCCUGGACGAGAACACUAAGGCGCCCGAGUUCACCCAAAACACCUACACACUCAACAUCCGUGAGGACUACCCCGUCCAACUCGAGAUCUACAACUUGGAGGUGCAAGCCUCUGACAAUGACGGCGACUCUCCCAACAACAUGUUCACUGUAUCGGUAGAGGAUUGUCCCUUGGAGGCCACGGGGGAGUAUGGCGGUGUGGCUGGCAAGCCCUAUAACAUCAAGUUCACCCUCAAAUCACCACUCGAUUUUGAGAAGACCAAGAAGUACACCUGCACCAUCAUAGCCAAGGAUAAGGGAGCGACGUCGUUGUCAUCAGAUUCGGCGACCAUCAGUAUCACUGUAAUAGACAUGCCGGACGAGGCCCCCGUGUUUACCAGCGACUUCUACAGUGCCGACGUGGACUCAUCUUCCCCCUCAGACGAUGCCUUAGUUACGGUGCCUGAACCCAUCAGCGCUACGGACGGGGACAAGGACAUCAAUUCCCCCAUCACCUACACCAUGAAGGACGCCCGCAGUGACAUUCCAGGAACAAAUUACUUCAGCAUCGAUGAGAAGACGGGCGAGGUGAGGGUUACAAGGGAGCUGGACCAAGACAUCCUGGUUAACGUUUGGGUCAGCUUCAUCAUCACGGCUGCAGACAACAGUGGGGGAAAAAGUACCACCGUGCUGGAAGUUACCCUACCACCAGUACCCACUACUACCAUCACAACCACCACCAUCUCCACCAGUGAAGCCACCACCUGUCCCAUGUGUACCUGUCCAACCACCGAGUUCACCUCAGAGGGCACCAGUACCCCCGGCCCUACCACCAGUGAGUGCCCCACCACUGAGCCCGUCGUCUGCACUACGGAUGCCACCACCUGUGAACCUUGUACCACCACCGACCCAGGUGUCACAACGUCGUGUCCACCAUGUUCCACCCUCUCCACCUGGUUAUCCACUGUGCAGUCCUGUCCACCCUGUCCUACCACUACCACCCCAGGUACAUCUCCCUCCUCCACGCCACCAUCACCACAUACAACAGAUGGUGACACCACCUCUACCUCUUGCCCUACCACCACUUGCCCACCGUGUACCUCCCUCGUUACCGACAUGCCCACAUCCCCUACCACCACCUGCCCACCGUGUACCUCCCUCGUUACCGACAUGCCCACCUCCACUACCACCACUUGCCCACCGUGUACCUCCCUCGUUACCGACAUGCCCACCUCCCCUACCACCACCUGCCCACCGUGUACCUCCAUCCUUACCGACAUGCCCACCUCUCCCUCCUCUUGUCCACCGUGCCCUACCACAGACUCUUCUCUAGGAUCGAGUCCCUCCACAUCGCAUAGUACUCAGGACGAAACAACGACUCCAAGUUCCCUCACCACCACUACCAAUGGCCCUUUACAACCAAGCCUAAGCUUCGAGAAAGUUUCAUAUGCAGGGGAAAUUUACCCCGAGUUUAAAAGCGUCUGGCAAGUUGACGUGGUCGUGAAAGUGGCCAACAAAAACGACGUACGCUUUUCUUGGGACGAGCCGAGCACCCACUUCGCUAUCAAUAACAACGGGGAGAUCACGGUGUUGGAUGAUGACUUAAAACCCGACACCUACAACCUGAUAGCUGUGGCUACCGUGGACGACCCACCAUUGAAGGACAAGGCGAAGGUGAACAUCAAAGUGCUACCAUCAUCAAUCAAUGUGAUGAUGACAAACAGCCUCCUGACGGCAAAAGUGGAGGAGCGCAGCAGCGAGCAGGCCCUGGUCAAUGUUACAACCUCUGGGGACACUGGCACCGUCUGCAUCACCGAUGUCCAGCCCAAAACUGCCGAAGGCAAAUUCGAUAUCCAAGGGAAAGGCAACGACUGGGCAGUCAUCAUGAAGGAGAUGCUGAACUUUGACGUGGAACAUCAGGAAAUCAAACUGAAACUUGAGGCGUAUGAAGACGUAAUAAAUUGCUCCCCUAUUGGCACCACCGGCGACGAGUUACUAAGGAACCAGGCUCUAGUGGUCAUCACGGUACUUGACAUCAACGACCAGAAGCCGUACUUCAUCGUGCCUAACAGCGACAUGAAGGUCAUCGCCUACCCAAACGACAAGGCCCUUCAGAGUGUGGUGGGCCCAGUCAUUACUCUACAGGCUAAAGAUGACGAUACAGUGGGCGUCCUGACGUAUGGUCUCGUACAAUCCAAUGGCGGCUUUACGGUGGAGAAAGAGACGGGCGCCGUUUACGUCGAGGGACAGUUUGAUUGUUCCUCCAAGUGCGACCUCCAUGUCAAGGUCACCGACGGAAAGGCGAAUACAGAAGCCAGUAUCAAGGCAAUCUCAGUGGACAUGACCCACAUCUAUACCCUCACCCUUAACGACCUGGACGUGACGGAGGUGGACGACUACUUGAAGACCAUUUCCAAAGAGUCUAGUGUUCAGGUCUCCAAACUGUAUGUAAGUCCCAUCAUGGACACGGUGAGGUCACAGAGGGCCAGGACUAGACGCACCAUAAGGAAGAGGGACACCAGCGAGGAGGGGAGGACACUGCAGGUCCAUGUGUACGGCAUUGACAAAGAUGGUGAACUUAUGACUUUAGAUGACUUAAAUAAGGCACUCUCUCAGGGACACACCAACGUGAAAGCCCAGACGUUCUCGGACAAGGAGGUGUUCCAGGGGGGCGGCACUGUGAUCACCCCUGACACGGGGCUAAAGGUGGCCGUGGGUAUAUUGGGGGCCAUUGUAGGCCUUGCUGUAGUUGCCAUCGUUGGCUACUUCGCCUACCAGAGAUAUCCAAGGAAACCAGAAGCAAGAAUGACGAAGAGGGCGUCUAGUCCCAUCCCCACGCUCGGGCAAGCGUACCCCAACCUCUCCUACAGCGAGGAAAUCGAAGGUAAGGACGAGUCUCCAGGGUCCACCGGCCAUAAGACAAACGGUUCUGUGAAUAGUACGAGCAACGGGUACAGCCACAGAGAAUCUCCGCCUCUCUUCAGAAGCAACCUCUCCUCUCACAGCAGCGACCCACACAAUUCCAUCUCUAAGAGCGAGCAGCAGCAGCGAGGGUUAAGACGGGUCGACCCUGGCUCUCCCGAGUACUAUGGCCUCUCUUCACCAGCGCCUCCGCCUUCCUUCUCCACGAACGACAACACUACCACCACUGGCUCCACCUCUACCACUACUACUACCACUACAUCCUCUCCUCCUGACACCUUCAGCACUGCAUCUUCCUCCUCUUCGACCAAACCACCUGCGCCAAAUUUAUACCCAACUCUCGAGACUAUCCAGGAACAGUCUCCCAUCUACGCCAUGAUCAACAAGCCGCCGAAAAAGGAACCACCAUCUAUACCUACGACGCCAGCUAAGUCCAUCCUGAAGAGCAGUGGUGAACCCAGUGAUCACAUGUCCACAACUGCCCUUCCUCCCACCCAGCCCAGUGUGCCUGACGCCGACUACGACGAAAUUGACAACGUGCCCCCAGCCUCCAGAUUCUCUCACCUCAAAGGGUCGCCUCCCCCACGCAAGCACUCACUACCUAUUGAUGACGACGAUGAUGAGGGUGAUGAUGAAACCGGUACUGAAAAUGGCCAGAAGGUUACUUAUCCCGGGGGCAAGAAGAGCAAUCUUAAGCAAGAGGGAGCGGAGGGAAGCGAUGACGAGAAGAAAUCGGUGGCCUUCAAGGUGCUGGUAGACACUAAGGAAAUCGUGGCCGAGAACCCGGGAGCCGCACAAAAGGCAGCAGCAGUCAAAUCCAACGCCAUUGAGAUGAUGAUGGCCAACAAGAAGAAGAUAGAGGAAGAUGAGGACGAAGACGAGGAUGAAAGACUUUAGAUCAGCUAAAAGUCAUACGAGAUGAUUAUGAAGAGAGUAGCUGAAGCGAAUGCAAGAAGAUGGAAGAGGAACCACUUAGACGAAGAUAUAAUUAAGGCAACUAUGGUAACGGUAAAUGAAAAUGAAGUUAUAGACAGGAGAGUGACGAUAAAGUUAUAUAUUGCAGUUGGAAUAAGCAGCGUUUGUGUUGUGUAGUUGGAAGACAAGUCUCUCCCCAACCUAAUAUAAGAAUAUAGUCAAUAUUUAUGGUAAUCUUUGAGAAUAAUAUAAAAAAGACUAAAUAGCCAUGAAAUGUAAUGCAACGAAAAAUGAUGAAACUUAUCACGAAUGCUUACAUACCGGAACACGAGACAGAUGAUGAUCGAUUAUUAAUCAACAGGAAAGAGUUGAUAUUAGGUCAUAAUUAAAACUAAUCGGGGAAAAUUCACUAUAUCCCAGUCACUUGGUGAAAAUAAAGCCCUAAUCAACAAGGAAGUGAUGAGGAUGGCGAGUUUAGAGAUUGCAAUCCGUAAAUAUAGUGCAGGGCAGGUACACGGACCUGCAGGACUGUGUUGACCAAGGUACCAUUUUCACUCAUGUGGGGUAACUCUCAUAUUUGAUUACUGUAAAUGUUAACUUAAGGAAACGGAGUCUUCCCCGUAUAGAUAUUAUAUACUACUGAAAUACAAGUACAUUCCCA